AUGAAUGGUCUCCAAGAGAGCAAUUCCAACACGCUCCUAAUCUCUGAAGAUCAGAGUAGGAGAGACGUCCAAAAGCGUGAUGUUCAGCUGGAACAUCACAUGAGCUGCACCCUUGUACACACCCAUGUUGCCAAUGGACAGGCACACCAAAACGGUAGAUUGGUGUGUGGUGUGCAGCCAGUGAUCUUGGAGGACUCAGCGCUAGCGCUCCUGUUUUUCCGCAAAAACAUGGAGGCGGCAUGUGCCACUAAAGAUCACUUCUUAACUGGAGGGGACGAAUUGCGGCAUGGCGCUCCUGAGUUUCCACGUGAAACUUCCAGUCGCAACGCCACAUGUCCAGACCCCAGUGCACUUGAAAAACAAGAGCUUGCCGCAAUCUUCAUGUUUGUCGCGUAA